AUGGCUGUCUCCGACUGGGUCUCCGUCGAAGUCCGGCGAGCUGGUCUCCUUGCCGUGGUAUGUGCUGGUCAUUACACUUGGAGGCAGCUGGUCAACCUCGAAGUCCCAUGCCCCUACCUGGAUGAGGUGUUCCAUGCUCCUCAAGCCCAGACCUAUUGGGAAGGAAAGUGGACGGAAUGGGAUCCCAAGAUCACGACGCCGCCGGCACUGUAUGUGUUCAGCUACGGAGUCAAUGCGUUCAGAGCGUUCUUCUACGAGGAGACCACGGACGCCUUCGAGCACAAUACGGCAGACCUACGGCUGGUGAACUUGAUAUUGCUGUACGUGCUACUGGUAGCGUUGUAUGCGUGGGCGGCGAUUUCGAGGAGGGAAAUCAAUGAGCAGAGUGUGCUGCAGCGGGAGUUCAGCUUCAUCUGCUUCCCGUUACUGUUCUUCUUCUCGGGUUUGUACUACACGGAUGUGAUGUCAACGUUGACCGUGGUCAUCACAUACAACUUCUGGCUUGCUGGCGUUUCGGCGCACGGCUGGGGCAAAGUCCUGUGCAAGGCCAUGCACGUUUGCUUUGGGCUGGUCUCUCUGGCUACGAGACAAACCAAUAUCUUCUGGGUUGCUGUCUUCCUGGGUGGACUACAGGUGAUCGAGACAUUGAAUGAGCAGGUCGGUGAAAACGAGGUCCACGAUCCUGCUAUCUCAGAAGCAUAUUUUGAAGGUCAGCCUAUAGGUCUAGCACAGAAGACUAUCAAUUCUGACAUACUCGCACUAGACUUCGUCACCACUGCGAUCUCCGUAGGCCACAAUGCACUCCGCGUGUUGCCGCGCUUGAUCAUCGACCUUCUACCGCAGCUUGUCCUGCUGGCCAGCUUUGCGGCAUUUGUCGCGUGGAACGGUGGGGUUGUGCUGGGUAAGAACAUCUUCUCUCACAGCAGCAACGUCAAGACUGAACACUGGGCAGGCGACAAAUCGAACCACAUCGCCUCAAUCCACCUGACUCAACUACUCUACUUCUUCGCGUUGACAAUCUUCUUUUCAUGGCCAGCACUGCUGCCUCAGCUCAGCAGCUUUUCCUUAGGCAUCAGAUCCCGCUUGCCUCGCCUAUCGGUCCUUGCAGGCUUCACCAUUCUCGCCCUGAUCAUCAUCCACUUCAACACCCUGGUCCAUCCAUUCACGCUUGCGGACAACCGCCACUACCCGUUCUACGUCUUCCGCUACUUCGUCAUACCAUUCCCGCGGAAGUACCUGCUCGCGCCAAUGUAUGUGCUUUGCGGCUGGUUAGCUAUCACGGCACUUGGACCCGUUGCAACGACUCCGACUGCUCGGAUCUCGACCACGGCUAAACCGAAACAAAAAGCAGAUGAUGAGUCUCGCGAGAUCAUCUUUCAGCGAGCUGACACUGUCCAUGUGUCCUUCGUUCUGGUCUUUCUGAUCUCGGCGGCUCUAAGCUUGAUUACCGCGCCACUGGUCGAACCACGGUACUUCAUGAUUCCGUGGUCGAUAUGGCGGCUGCAUGUCCCGGAGGUGCUGGAAUCGGAUGCACCGAAGCAGAAAGCGAUUGGAAGUGCAAAAGACCCGCGGCAGCCAGGUGUGUUCAUACGCGGUCUUGAAUUGGUUGCUGCUCAGGCGCCCUCGAUCGAGCUGCUCUGGUACAUGGCUAUCAACAUCGUCACGGGAUACAUGUUCCUGUAUCGACCGUUCGCUUGGCCGCAGGAGCCCGGAAAACUGCAGCGCUUCAUGUGGUGA